AUGACCGGUCAAUCGAAACCUGUCCGCUUGUCACCAUGGGGCAGCGCAGUCGCCGGUGCGACGGGCGCCGUGCUUGCCAACGCCAUUGUAUACCCACUGGAUCUGGUCAAGACGAAAUUGCAAGUCCAAGUCAAGUCGACAAAGGGAGAUGCUGGGGUGCAAGAAGUCGAACACUAUGAAUCGACUAUGGACGCCAUCAAAAAAAUUGUCGCAAAGGAAGGUCCCACCGGUCUAUACUCGGGAAUCGCCGGUGGUCUGCUAGGUGUUGCGUCUACCAACUUUGCCUACUUUUACUGGUACAGCAUUGUCCGGACCCUUUACAUGGCCUCGAACAAGAGCAACACACAACCCGGUACCGCGAUCGAGCUGUCCCUGGGUGCCGUCGCCGGCGCGGUCGCCCAGAUCUUCACCAUUCCCGUAUCGGUCGUUACAACCCGCCAGCAGACACAACCGAAGGGAGAGAAGAAGGGCCUCAUUGAGACAGGUCGUGAGGUUGUCGAGAGCGAGGACGGCUGGUCCGGCCUGUGGCGCGGUCUCAAGGCCAGUUUGAUCCUUGUCGUCAACCCGGCCAUCACCUACGGCGCCUACCAACGUCUGAAGGAUGUCUUCUUCCCCGGCAAGAAUAGCCUCAAGCCCUGGGAGGCAUUCUUCCUCGGUGCCAUGUCGAAGGCUCUGGCAACCAUUGCCACUCAGCCCUUGAUCGUGGCCAAGGUUGGUCUGCAGUCUCGUCCCCCACCGAGCCGACAGGGCAAGCCCUUUAAGACUUUCGGUGAAGUCAUGAAGUAUAUUAUCGAGCACGAAGGCCCCCUGUCUUUGUUCAAGGGUAUCGGCCCGCAGAUUACAAAGGGCCUGUUGGUGCAAGGCCUGUUAAUGAUGACCAAGGAGAGGAUGGAACUCCUCUUCGUCGUUCUGUUUGCAUACAUCCAGAGGAUCAGAAAGGAGAGACUGAAGAAGGUAGUUGACACUGCUGCGUCAGCGGCCCAAGCCAGCUUGUCCGCCACCCUGAAAUGA